ACGCUGCCAAAGGAGGGUAUAUCUAUAUUUUUGAAGGUUCAUUUGUAAACCUUUGAUUCAAUACGUCAUGAAACAAGGAAGCGUCCCCCUUUCUAGCAGCUUCCCCUGUGGAGCGAUCAGUGUUUUGGGUGGAGGGGAGGGAUGGUAAUAGAGCACGGAGCACAGACGGCUGGCUGCAUUCCCUCCUAUCCAAUGGGAACGGAGCUCCAUCUCAACAGAACUGUGCUGAGCAAUCGAGUGCGAACGGCGAGCGCAGACCCCGACAGCUCGGCACACGACAAGUUACUCUAGGAGUCCUUACAAGGAUGGCGUCUAACGGCUCUUGGACAAACGAGACAAGCUUGAUCCAACAGCAGCUUGGCUUCCAAGUACAAAGGAUCUAUCCGUUCCAUGAUGGUUGGAAUACGGCUUGCUUCGUUAUUCUGGUGCUGUUCAUCCUGACUGUGCUGUCUCUGGUAUUGCUGGCAUUUCUCUACGAGAUGUUGGACUGUUGCUGUUGUACCAAGCAUAAGACAGUCAAGGACCUGGAGGACGAGCCAAAUCCUGUCAGAGCUCUGAUGAGCAGUAUGAGGAAACGGAAGACUGAAGUGGUAUAAAGCCAUCUGUUUGAAAGCUGGGGGAGUCAUGGUCCUCCACGCUCCUAAAAGGACAAUCUAUGAGCAGAGUUCAUGUCUUCUCUGCAUAUGGGCGCCAUAUUCUUUGUAUUUAACUGGUUGUCUGUUGCUGAAAGAAAAACACCAUCCUACUUGACUUCACUAGUUACUCUUCCUAUUUAUUUUGCAAGCUACGGUAUGGGAAUAGGAUGUUUCAAUUUGCUACAACAAGUAUUCAGAGCCUGUUUUCUGCAGAUAUUUUAAAUUUAAGUAUCUCAUGCCUGCCCUACUGACAAAAUCCUGCAUUAUUGGGUUGAAAGAGAAAACCUAGAGAAGUAUUUAGUACCAGGCUUAGCACUUUAAAUAAAACUUUGCUGUCAAUUACUUUGCUUCCUUUAGAAGAGUAACUCACAUGUUGGCUCUGUAUCUAUUCCAGAUACCAAUCAGGUUAUGCAUCUACAAAAUGUACAGUUGCUACUUUGUACAUGAAGUCUUUAAGACGGUGAAGAAAAUAUAUUACACUUAACUUUGAGUGGAGGUUACCAGGAUGAGCAACAAUGAAUUCAUGAACAGGUCAUUAAUGUUUACAAUGUCAAUAAAAAAAGCACAUUGUGUUGAGUGAGAA